UUAUGACUGAAUUUGAUGUUAUCCUUGUACCAACAAAAGAAGCGUUUCACUUGCUUAAUUUCCCUAUCACUCAGAUGAAUGAGUUUGAAUCUGUAUAUUAGAUUGAUAAAAUAAAUUAUAAACCAAUUUCAACACACAUCGAAUUACUUUAUAAAAGUAAGACUAAGGAUGAUCAAAGAUUGGAAGAAAUAGUCAAAUUUAAUUCAUAAAUUAUUAAUAAUCGUACAUUUUACGCUUUGACCAAAUUAGAUGAAGCUAAUAAGAAAAUAUAUCUUUAUGCAAUAACAAAUUUUGAAAAUAUGCGUGUUCAAACAAUGAAAGAUGUUGAAGUCGUGAAUUAACCAUAAUAAUAACAAUUAUAGCAAUAAUAAUAAUAGCAAAUUCUAUAAAAGAAAUAUUAUAAGCAUUAUCAAGAAAUUAUCUCCUAAGAGACUACGAUAGAAUUGAAAUAAUAAAAUUUGAAUUUGAAAAUUCCAAAAAAUAUAGAAUCUACGAGAUAAAUGUCUUCUGAUGAGUAUAUGAAAUAUAUUUUCGAUAAUUGA